GAGGUGUUUGGAGUUAGGACCAAGAACGCGUAGUGGGGAAAUACAAGUGUGGACUUUCUGGGCCAUUAAAAAUACUCUCCAGCCCGACAGAACUAAAAUGAAGUACACGUCCGGGCUCUCGCAGAAGACGUAGGAGUUGACGUGAAAGUGACUUUUUUUGAAACUGGAGCUGCUUCCUCGUUCGACAACGGGGUGAAAUAUCUCAACAUCCUCACAAAGAAACUUUGCUUGCUAGGCUGCUAACUCGCACACAAGCCAGAGAAAAAAAAAAGAAAAAAAAAAAAAAGUAUGAUCACCGCCGAAGACUUUGUCACACGCAGUCUGUAACGUGUCGUCUGUCGAGCUAAGCGGUACUGGCGGUUGUAUUUACACUGAAAUGGUGUCUUUAUUACUGAAGACUGACUUUUGUAACGGUUUUUAGUAGUCAUCAUCACCAGUGGAGGAAGGGUUGCAGCUGGUAUUUUAGCCACCACCACCAGGUCUCCACCAGGCUGCACAUCCACCUUUUUAUCUUACAGUUAGUUAGGAGCUGAGUAGUCCCGGAUUCUGCCAAGAUGUCUGGCCGAAAUGGAGUCGGACAGAUCCGAGGAGCUACUUUAGGUCCACAACCCUUAAAGGCGACUAUUCCCUAUCAGCUGACCAGCAAGUCUCGACCAAACCGGAGAGAUGGCAAGUCAGCCGGAAAGCCCAAACCGCAACAGCUGAGCUCUGGCAUGAGGCGGACAUUGUCUCUCGAUGCCAUCAUCGGGCCGUACCUGCAGGGACACUGGCCCAAAGAACCAGAGGGCCAGAGCAGCAGCAGCAGCAGCAGCCUGCCCCGCAAGGACAAGUCUACCCAGACCCCAGACUCGUGGUCCGAGAAAUCCCAGAGGCAGAGAGGUAGCAGCAGCCACAAACGCUCGGCAUCAUGGGGCAGCGCGGAGCAUCUGCGAGAGAUCGCUCAACUAAAACAACAGCUGCAGCAGCGCAGCAAACCUGCAGUCUCAGGGGGGCAUGACAAAGACCGCCAGUGUGGCUAUCGUCAGGGGAGCUGUAGCCUAGGAAAUAAUCGGACUCAGCCAAUUUCCAUCCCCCUCCCUCCCCUGUCAACACUGGUCCCCCGACUGCGCUGCAGUGUGGAGGGCCUCAACCAGGAGCUGGAAGGCAUGUUCAUCUGCCAGCCUCUGCAUCCUCAGCACAGGCUCCUUGAGGUUCCAGACGGUCACCGGGCUCCGGUGCCUCCGCAGAGCUGCAGCAGUGGAUCUCAGAGUGACAUGGCCACCACACCUUUGUCCUCAUCUUCCUCCUCCUCCUCCUCCUCGUCCUCACCCAGCUCCUCUCCAACAAACAUCUCCACCUCCCCACCCCACCUCCAAGAUGCACCACUGGAUCUGCACCAAGACGGUGCGGAGAUGUGCCUCCUGUCUCCGUUCUCCUCCCAGAACGAGGCCGAUGUCUCCCUGCCUCUGCUGAUGUCGUCGUCACCGGGGCCCAACAAGAGUUGCUGCUUCCAGAGAGAGCCACCAGAGGGCUGCGAAAAGAUCCGAGUCUGGGAGGAAACCAGCACUCCACGCCAACACAAGCCAGCCCUCUUCUCCUCCUGCCCAGACCCCAACAAGGUAAACUUCACCCCCCAUGGGGGCUCAGCCUUCUGCCCCGUAAGCCUCCUCAGGCCCCUGCUCCCCUCCAUGGACCUGUUGUUCCGCAGCCUUGCCAUCUCUCCAGCAGACGGUUGCUCGGGCCAGGAAUUGAGCUCCUGCCAGGCAACGUCGUCUGGCAACCGGGCAGCUCCUCCAGAUGCUCCCUCCACCUCCUCUGUUAUGGGAGAAAGCUCCGGGGAGGGCCUCGCGUUCUGAUUACAGCUGCCGAGGCACAAUGCAAAUAUUUCUGUCGUCUGGGACAGAUUUGUUGCUUUAUUUUAGGAGAGGACCAUCCCUUUUCUAUCGAGGUUUAAAAUAAUCUUAUGUUGAAAAAUAAUAUUGGGGAAAAAAAUAAUUAAUAUCUUACUCAAACGCAAUCCAAUGGAUGUGCUUUCUGAGCUACUUGUUUUGGGUGUCCGGGCAUUUUUUGAUAUUUCUAAAUUAAGCUGUCAUUUCAUAAUCCAAAGAUUUAUAUUUUUUUCGCCAAACACAAGUGUGAGAUAUACAGGGCUGUCUUAUUCCACUCUUAACUCUGAAAUGUGUUUUGUUGGAGGACCGGCCCCCUCACAUGCUUCACAUAUUUCUGUUUCCCCAAAGAAGCCACGGCACACACUUAUAUUUUACCGGUUUUUAAACUCUUGACUGCUGUGCGUCAUCUCUGUCCAAAAUGUUAGCAGUCUGGGUCAAGUAAGAAAAACCCUCCCCAGAUAAAUUUGCUUGUUUUUAAGUAUUCAAAGAUAUUUAUCUGCAAUUCUUUUUACCUAACUUGACCUUGCACCUGUUGCUGGUGUACAAAGCACGACAAAUCAGUUGGGUAUUUUUUAUUUACCCGAUUUAAAACUUUAAAAAAAAAAAAGAUCCAAUGAAAUCACAUUUUGAUAUUGUAGACUGAAGGGAAUUGUCCAGUUGUUGGACUUGGGUAGCAUCACUAUCUAAAUGCUUCAGCUCAUUCAUUCCUGCUUUAAAAGUUGUACAGAUGUUAUUUUGUUGUCAUCUUGUUUACUGGGAAAAAAAAGUAACUUUUUCAUGUGUUAAUGGAUAAAAAAAAAAAAAAAAGAGUUCUGUUAAUCCUUGAUGUUGUAGAUGUCUGCUUGAUGGUGUGUUUAUAUUUUGGAGGUUUCACAGCCUAGUUGACUACCUAACCAGUAGUGGUGUAGAUUUGUCCUCAAUGUUUCUCUGAAGAUGUUCGUGUUCUUCUGCCAAGCUGACAAGUUGAUGUUCAAAUAGUUUUAUUUCUCGUAGACAUGUUUGCACAAAUUGAACUGCUGCUUUCGAGUCGCAAUUCUUAUUUUUUUAUAUUCACUUUUGUACUUUUAAGAGUAGUAAUGUGUAUUUUCUACAUCUUUUUUUCAAUUACCUGCAACAUAAGCUAAAAAAACAAACCUGUUCCUUUUAGUUUUGUUUUGUCAAUAUAGUUGAGGCCUGUGUUAUACUGUAUCGGGUGGAUUUUUAUGCACUUCCAGGAGAGGGUUUUUAGUCUUGGGUUUGUCUCUGACAGGAGUUUUUUGUUUGCGUGUGUGCAUGUGGAUGGAAAGUUAACUAUAGUAUGAUUGUUUGACUUAUAGUUUUAGUGUCCUGGUAAAAUACUGAUUGAUUGAAACAUUGUCUUUUUUUCCAAAUAAGCCUCAAUUUCGAUGUUUUAUGAAUCUGUGUGGAUGCUGGGCGAUGUGCUGUUAUCUCAGGUUCUGUGUUCUGUCCACAUAAAUAUAUGAUUGAUAA